AUGGCACCCACUGUUUUUCGUCAGGAAAGCAAGGGCCACCUGACUCCUGCUCAUAAGCUGAGAAAGCCAAUGGUGGAGAAAUUGCGUAGGGACCGCAUCAACACCAGCAUCGAGCAGCUCAAGUCCCUCCUGAGUCCAGAGUUUCUGAGGCAGCAGCCUGACUCCAAGCAAGAAAAGGCCGACAUCCUGGAGAUGGCCGUGACAUACCUGAAAAACUGGCAGCAGCAGAAACAGCAACAGCAGAACAGACUGGCCUCUGGGCUCAUGACUGCCGGCGAUGGCUACUCCCACUGCAUCCAGGAGGCCGUCAGCUUUCUGACCCACAGCGAGGCUCAAACCCAGGCCCACAGGAUGCUGCUCAGCCACUUCCAGAGUCUGCAGGGGUCCAGCAGGACCCCUCUCACCCUCUGCUCUCCAUCUCCUCCAGGCUCUCCUCUGCAUCAGCUCAGCUCAACCAAGGGUGGGAGUCAGGCCAGCAGUGGUCUGUGGAGGCCCUGGUAG